AUGCGAUUAUUUCUUUGCUGCACGAUGUUCGCAUUAUUUGCAAUUGGAAUUUUUGGUCCAACGGAGUCAAGACAGUUAGGGAAAUUGAUUGAGAAUGACAAUCUCAACACUCUCAAAUGUUUGGACACGAUUAUAGGAACAAUCGAUUGGGUGAUAGAUGAUCUGAUAGUGAUUUCCAACGAUAUGGACGUGUUGAAGGGUCAUAUGUUCGAACGAGUUUCAAAUUACGUGUGGAAAGUGUAUUCCAUCAGAAACGAGAUAAAAUUGGUGGAGUAUUCCAACGGAAUAAUAUUUUCCGAUGACUUUGACAGCUUGAAUGAAACUUUGGACGUAAUCAACAUCAAGCAAAUGGAUCCCAGAGGAAAGUACAUAAUCGUCAUGAGACGUUAUUUCGUAGACGUAACGGAAAUCAGAGAAGCUUCGCUAGGAUUUCCCGCGAAAAUGUGGGGCCUCGAUAAAGUUAAUAUCAUCUUUUUAUUACCUCGCAAAGAAGAUGUUCUCGUAAUGACUUAUUUUCCCUUCGUUAAUAACUGCCAACUCGGUGAACUGGAGAUCCUUGACGUUUGGAAAAAUAAUUACGGCUUCGUUAAGGGCGUUGAAUUGUUUCCGGCAAAGAUGCUCGACGCAAAGGGUUGCGUUCAAAAUAUUUCACAAAUUUUAGCCAACGAUACCAGAUUUGAAUCGCACUGGGAGCAGACUGAGUCGGGAAACUUAAAGAUGGGAGGCGUCGGGGGUAAACUGAUAAGUUUGAUCGCCGAUAAAUUGAACGUCACCCUCAAUAUACUGGUCAAACCGUCAUUGGAUUGGCCUGCAUAUAUCGAUCAGGUGAUUCGGGGUGAAACGUUCUGCGCUGUAGCCGGCGUAUUUCCUUUGUCCGCUUACCUCGAAGACCUAACUCUGGAAACCGGAUACCUGCAAGUCAGCUACGGCCUUGGUUACAAGGUCAGAAAUUUCGAUAUCUCGUGGCUCAGUUUGAUGUGUCCACUGUCGAAAUUGGUACGGAUUUUCAUGGCAUGUACAUUCCUGACAUAUCUCGGGCUGCUCUGGUUGUCGAAUAGUCCUUACACCCGGGAAAGUCAUGCGCUUAACAAAUUGAAAAUCCUAGACAUAUUUGGCGUCCUGGUAGCCAGUUCUCGGGUCAUGCCGACCGGCUUGUUCGGCCGAUAUUUAUUCGGCAUGUGGAUUCUAUUUUCCUACUUGAUGAGCGUUGCCUACACCUCCGGGCUGGUCAGUUUCUUGACCACUCCGAAUGAGAAGGAACCGAUAACCACCUUCGAGGAGUUACUGGCCGACGGAAUGAAGUUUGGCGGAAGUAUCGACCACAGGAACUUCUACUACGAUCCAUCGGACCCAGUGAUGAUGAAAAUUUACGAAAAUUUCAAGAUCAUACCGACCGAAGAAUCCCAGCGUAUCCUGGACGACAAAGAGGGUGCGACCGGUGUCUUUUCGUCGAACGUCAAAAUUCACAACGCUCUGAAUAUCGACAACGCCAGCAACCAAAUUCGCAUGUUGGAAGAAAGGGCGUUCACUUUUCCAGUUCCACUAGCAUUGAGACGAGGCAUGCCUUUCUCAUUAGGGAUACAACGAUACGCUUCGCGAGCGGUCCAAAGUGGUUUGGUUGAUUAUUGGGUCAAUUUCUACAGUCCUACCGCAAGGAUCGUAGGGACCCGGAGUAAAAGGCCGUCUGUACUAACGACGCGUCACAUCCGGGGCCUCCUCUACAUUCAUUUCACCGGGCUGAUUCUUAGCGGUGUGAUAUUCCUCGGGGAAAUUUAUUUCCACAAACAGUUUAUCGAAUAAGAUGAAUUGUUUGUCCGUGUAAAUUAUUUUUCGAUGUGAUAGAAAAAAUGCAGCAAAGGCAUUUGUAGGGAAAUAA